GGGUGGUUGUAAUGCUGGAAAAUGUGGCCUUUUAGCCCCCCAGGAAGGGUAGGGGGUGCUUUUCCAAAACAGUAGCAAAGCAUGGGGGAAGAAAAUGGCCAGCUGGUGCUCCUAUGCCCUCGAGAUGAGACCGCACGACUUUGGGCCAGAACCAUAACCGGCCACCAGUCAGCCUCUCCCGAAGGGCCCUGGUGUCUUACGGGCCGGGGCUGGCACGGGCCUGUCCCACCCACCCCCUUUCCCCCAGCUGACUUUUCGCCGGCCCCCUCCCCCCCGCCGGCCCCGGGACUCCAUGUUUUCCUCGGCUGCGGAGAGAGACCGAUGGGGAGUCCAGCUUGAGCCGUCCCCGUCCACCUCGGCAGCACCCUCCCUCCCCGGCGCCACCGGCCGGAAGCGCAAGGCCAACUUUUCCAACGAUGAGACAGAGACCCUGGUCUGGAACGUAGUCCGGCAUUUCGGGGCCCUGUACGGGUCCGAGUCCUUCCGGGCCCACCCCGUGCGCCGAAAGCAGCUGUGGACCCAGAUCCAAAGCCGGGUCAACUUCCUGGGCUACACGGAGCGCUCCAUUGACGACCUCAAGCACAAAUGGCGGGACCUGAGGCUGGACGUCAAGAAGAAGAUCACCGCCAAGAAGCCCCCCGCCGUCCACCGGGCGGGCCCCCCCCACAAGCCCCGGCUGACGCCGCUGGAGAAGAUGGUGGCAUCCACCUUCCUGCAGCCCACCCAUGAUUCGGAACCGGAAAUUGUCUUGGAUCCCGAGAUUUUCUUCCCCGGAGCCUCCAAGCAGACAUUCGGGCCCAUGCAGCCAGGAGCCAGCCACCCCGGUAUUUACAUCGACACCAACGGGCAGACCUCCGCACUGCCCGACAUGGAUGGGGCCGCGGGGCCGCGCCUUGGAGUCCGGAGUCCCGACCCUUCGCUGAUGGGCGACUACAGUAGAGGCGAAGGGCAGAGCAGCUCCGCCGACUCUGGACCGGAUCUUCGGACUCCCGAAACGUCCACCCUCUCUCCCCCGCUGAGAAACGACUCCCUGGUUUCCUACACAUCCGAAGAGGAAGAUCGGGAAGGCCCGGAAGGGGACGGGGAGGCCGGCCUCGAUCCAGCGCUGUUGGCCGAGGAGGAUGAGUUGAAGCUCUCCGGCCGGCAGGCCGUGCUCCUCCACCGGUGCAAUUCUCAGGGGUCGGAGGAUGCCCUUAGCCAGGGGGGUGGUCGCUCUGAGUGGGGUCACGACGGGGGUGCCGACCUCCCCGUCCUGGGCAGGGGGCUGAACGCCCCCCAGCCAGAGGAGGAAGAGGUGGCCGCCCCCAACGCCGAGCCGGGCUCCCUGCCGUGGGGGCUGAUGGGUCCGGCCUGGGAGAAGCAGCAGCAGCGGGAGGAACAGCGGCCCCCGUCCAGAUCCCCGCUGCCCGUGGGGGCCCUCGCCGAGGAGCCCCGGCCGUCGUCGGCAUCGCCCCAGGCAGACGUGCCGCCCCCUCCCCAGCCCUUGCCACGGGGAAGCGGGGGCUCCCGCCCGCGGGAGAGCAGCCGGGAGCUUUGGGGAACUAACCUCCAUCGCUUAAUGGAGAUGGAAGACCAGUGGGACCAGCUCUACCACCAGGAGUUGGCCAUGUGGCAGGAGGAGCGGGCGCAGCAGCGGGACGAGAGGGCCCGGGACCGGGAGCUCCAGCUUCGGCUGCUGGGCGUCCUCACCGACAUCCGUGAUGAGCUGCAGUGCCUGCGCCGGGAGCGCGCGGCUUCCCGGCAGGAGCGCGCGUCCCAAACCAGCGCCGAGCCAGCCACCCCAGCAGCGGCCGGCCCGCCUCUGAAACCCGAGGCCCCACCUCCCAAGCCAUCCCCCGAGCCUGGCCCACUCUUCUACCCGAUCAAAACCGAAGGGUGCCCCCCGGGACCGUCUUUGCUCGGCGAUGGCCGGGGGGAGAGGGGCACCGGGCCCCGAAGCCUGCACGGCAUCCCCCGGCGGGGCAGGGGGCGUCCCCGGGGCUCCACGUCAAGACACAGAAAGUUGUUCAUGGCCAACAGUUAGGGCCGACGGGUGUUUGCAAAGCCCGGGACGGACGCGUUGUGUGCCCAGCGUUUCCUCCGGGGAGGAUCCAGGGAGCUUGGAAGGUGCGAACGUUUCGUUUCCUUGCACAGGUCUAAGAAAAGGCUGCUCUGGUGCAUUGGAAAAGGGGGUGUGAAUGCCUGGAACCUUCUUGAUAACAUGGGGUGAAUCAGAGGUUGAAUGUAGGGUUCGUGUGCAAAUGAACUUGCGUCGUGCAUAAAGGCAGAAAAGUGCUGUGGGCUGGAAAAGUGCUGUCCCCAAACCACGCUGAUUUAUUUAGGAGAUGGUUCCUCGGUGUUACAUGUUUUGGGCACCCAGCGAAACGCCAAGCACGUGAUGGCAAGACACAGCGGCCCUUCGGGAGUCAGCUGGCUUUAUGGUUAAGAGCACACCUUGAACAUCCCAGUCAUAUAAAACAGAGGCUGAGGGAGAGAUGGGUGGGCAUGCGUGGGCAUGUGUGCAAGUGCAAAACAUGUUAAUCUGAAUAGAUUUGCUGUUCUCUGUGUUGGGGGAUUACCAAUUCUUAGUUGCUGUUUUUGAGUUUCCUGCAACUCAUUUAAGGGACUAAUAUGCAUAUAUACAUAAAAGUGUAUUCAUAAACUUUUUUUUUUUACAAGGAAAAAAACACACCAACAAA